GCAACACUGACUGUUGAUGAUUUUCAAUAUUAAAGGCACUCUGCUUUGCCUUGGCUGCGUUUUUCUAAACAAAAAACUGUUCCAAAUAUCAAAACGUAUAAAUUUUUGUUAGGCGUAGUUGUAAAAUUGUGCAAAACGUUGUGUGAAUUACAAGUGCCAUGCUGGUAGAUGUUGACAUGCAAAUGCAGCGGCAUUAACGACUAGAAACAACAACAACAAUAAAGAGCACACUCGGAAAAGCAAAAAAGGGACAUCGACAUCGAUUUUUUGCACCCUUUUUGUUGCGCACAUAUAUAUAUAUAUUUUGCGUAGGCAAAUUAGCACACAAAGAAACAAGCGACAAGUGUCGCCCUGGACUGGCAAGGAAGCACGCAACGAUCAAAACAGUAAACAGCUAUUAGUUUAUUGAAUCUCAGUGCCUCAGGGAAAGGGACGCUCAAUGAGCGGCGGCGGCGAGGAACACGAGCAGCUGAAACAGAAGGCGCGGCCAACGUCAACGUCGCCGUUGCCAGGCGUCUCAAGCGCAUCGACUUCAUCAGCAGCGGCUGCGGCGGCCGCAUCGGUGGCCAGUAGCGGCGGCAAUGGUCGGGCCACACCUGAGAUGAAGCGCUCGGCUGUGCGCAGCCUUAUACAGCGCUACUUUCAUCAGCUGCAGUCAGGUUGUGGCAAUGUCCAUUGCAAGAAUACCAACUGCGCUUCCAGCGGCAAAGUUCCGCCCAUGACGCCCAACGAGGUGGCCGCACGAGCCCUACAUCUCUUCUCACAGGACGCCCAAUUGUGCGAUGGUGCGCCCAUAGCAAACAGUCCGCAGCAGGAUGUGGACAUGCUUUCGCCAAAUGACAGCAGUAGCAGUAGCAGCAACAGCUCCACUAGCACUAUUACAUCCGCCAGCACUACAACUACCACCAGCACCCAAUCGCAAUCCCAAUCGCAGUCCCAGUCGAACGCGCAGCCACAAAGCUCCAUGGAGCAGUCCGAACGGCCGCUAAUGAUAAUUGAUUUGGUUAAGAUGCCCACAAUGGGAUCGCAGGCGACAAUAACCACAACGACGACAACAGCUGACGACUCGGACCCCUGCACACCAACGCUGCCAUCUGUGGACUUUGUUGACGCUGAGUUGCUGGAGGGACUCUACACGCAAUGCCAUGCAGCGGACAGCUACGAAAGGCUGUGCCAAAUUAUUGACCAUGUUUUCUCCAGUGUCGAUCGACUGAGCAAAAGUUUUGUCUGCCGACCGGGCCAAGAGCGACAGCAUUUGGAAAGUAAAUCGAACAAUGCGCUGAAUAAGGAGCAACUGCGUCAACUGGAAGGUGAGCACGAUAAAGAUGAGGAUAGCACACAGCGAACGGCAACUCCAACCGAACUAUGCCCAGCCUCUACUGCAGCAGAUGACAGUCAUGUGGCUGAAAAUGCUGAUGAAGCCGAUGUGGAUGAUGAUGACAACGACGAGGACGAACCAAUGACUCAACAGGAGCAAAACGAAGAGUUUCUACAUAGGGGCACCAAGGUGGAUUUCCGUGGAUUACGCCACAUAAAGCGUCUGCUCUUCGGUGCGCCCUGCCAAACAAUUGCUGAGCAAAUCACCAGCAGCGUCAUUCAACUGGCAGACUAUAUACGGUAUAUGCGGUUGUACAGGCAGGAUUCGUGGGAGCAGGUGCUGCAUUGCUUGGUUAUAUGCUUUGACAUGGCCACCAACACUACGGCCAACAACAGCGUCACGGACAUGGAGUAUCUCGAUCGCGUGCUGCCCAAGCUUUGUCAUGCAGCUGCUGCAAUGCCUGUGCAAGCGCAGGCUCGACUCGCUGUCAUAUGGAGUGAGUAUUGUGCGGAUCAGCUGCAUACGCUGUUAUCCUCGUGCCAGCAGCAAAUAACACUACAGGUGCUGCUCGACGAGGAGUCGGUGCGGGAGAACGAGCAUAUCAUAAGCGUGACCAAAGUGCUAAAGAUCGUGUUUUAUGCCAACAUAUUGGCCAGCGUGUUGGAGCGCCCUUCUUGCCGUCUGCCUUUACAGGAGGUGGGCGAAAGUGAGGCCGAUUCUUCUGCUUCUGCCGUAGAAGAUGGCGAGGAUCUAUUUGUUUACAACUCGCUGCAGCAGCCGCAUAUGCCAAAAUUUGCUGAGGAUCCGCUAGAGAAGUGCUUGCAGGUCUCGUACAUUGACUGUCGAAGUCCUUUGGUCCCGCUUGAAGAGUUCUACAAUGAGGCACUUAGCGAGCAUAUACAAAUGCAUCAGGAUUAUUUAUCCUACAAGACACUGGCCAUGGAGAGCGACCUGGGGUCCAGCCACACCAACUAUUUUUGCUUUAUGCUCUAUGCAUUCAUCCUAACGCCGGCUACUAAAGUCGAUGCCCUCUACUACGACUGCCGCAUGCGUAUGUACAGCGAACGUUACUCUUCGUUGUAUUCUAUACUUCAAAACUUUGGCCAGGAUGGCCAAGAGGGUGCGCGACCCGAUCUCAAGCUGACGGUGCGACGCGAUCAACUAAUCAACGAUGCCCUCAUUGGACUGGAACUUGUUGCAAUGAGCAAUCCAAAGGAUCUAAAAAAGCAGCUUGUGGUGGAGUUUGUGGGGGAACAGGGAAUUGAUGAGGGAGGCGUAUCCAAAGAGUUCUUUCAACUUAUCGUUGAGGAAAUAUUCAAUCCAGCCUUUGGCAUGUUUGUGCAGCAGGAGGAGACCAAUAAUAUGUGGUUUAAUGCCACGCCAUUUGAGAAUGGUGCACAAUUUACGCUGAUUGGCAUAAUAAUUGGCUUGGCCAUUUACAACAAUGUCAUCUUGGCUGUGAACUUUCCAAUGGUUGUCUACCGGAAGCUAAUGGGCUAUCGAGGCACCUUCUAUGAUCUGUGCGACUGGAGUCCAACGCUGUACAAGAGCUUGAAAGCCAUGCUCGACUAUCAAGGCCAUGACAUGGAGGAGGUAUUCGAGCAGACGUUCAAGAUUAGCUACAGUAAUGUGUUUGGCGAGCUGGUGGAGCACGAACUGGUCCCACAUGGCAGCGAAGUGCUAGUCGGUCAGCACAACAAGCGUUUGUUUGUUAAUUUGUAUAGCGAUUUCCUGCUGAACGUUAACAUACAACAGCAGUUCAAAGCCUUUCGCAAAGGCUUUGAAAUGGUUACCGAUGAGUCGCCACUGAAGCUACUCUUCAGACCAGAGGAAAUCGAAAAGCUAGUCUGCGGAAGUCGCGAGUUUGAUUUUGUAGAGUUGGAGCAUUCAACGGAAUACGAGGGUGGGUAUACGGAGGAAACGCAAAUCGUGCAAGAUUUCUGGAGUAUUGUGCAUGCCAUGCCACACGAGUCCAAGCGGAAGCUGCUCGAGUUUACAACAGGGUCGGCACGCGUUCCCGUUGGAGGCUUGAAAUGCUUACGAUUGUUAAUCACACGUCAUGGACCGGACAGCGAUCGAUUGCCCACGUCGCACACGUGCUUCAAUGUGCUGCUGUUGCCAGAAUACAGUAGCAAGGAGAAGCUAGAGGAGCGUUUGCUCAAGGCAAUAAAUUACUCCAAGGGCUUCGGAAUGCUGUAGUCGCCGCAAAGGAAUAUGCCAAAGUAGUUGGUACACAUACCUCCAGGAACGCAACAGAUACCACCUUCGAUAUAACAUGAUGAUGAUGAGAUGAUGAAGAUAUCGACGAAGUUUAAUUAGUUGAUGAGCUUUAGUUUGUUUUUGAAUUUGUCAUUUAUUUUUGAUACAACUUGUUCAAAUGAGACAAUAUAUGUGUGUGUGUAAAUGCUCAAUGUGGCGCGAUGGCAAGAACGCAAACUUAGCAAAACUUGAUUUAAA